CGGUUCUGCUCUCUGCUCUGUUUCUAUUUCAGCCCGGCUCUCAGACGGCAGUCAUCAUGGCUCGCUGCAGGAGUUACUUACGCGGACUCUCCAUCUGUGUCACCGUGUUGCUGCUGGUCUCUGGAGUGGUGAUGAUCGGUGUUGGAUUCUCAUCCAUCGAAGGCAACGUACCUGUUGCAGAGCUGUUUGACCAGUUGUCCAUUAGCGACGGGUUACUGGCUCUGCAGGUGUUUGGACCAUUCACCAUCGUUCUCUCCAUUCUGGGCAUCAGUGCUGCAGCUUCAAACUACAAACCGUUGCUUCUGCUGUUUUCUGCUCUGAUAUUCGUGGAGUUUGUUGCUCUGAUGGUUGUCGCCUCGCCGCUGGUUCACGUUGAAGCACAGAUGAACAGCGCUGUGGAUGACAUUUUCCUGAACGUGACGCCUCUUGACCGAGCUGACAGCUACAUCCAGACUGAACUGCAGAAACUCCAGACAUCGGACUCCUGCUGUGGUUUAAGAAGUUUUGAAGAUUGGGGAAAUCUCCCUCCUGAUUCCUGCUCAUGCACGCCAUCUGCUGACCUGAGCUCUCAGCCCAGUGACUCUAACUUACUGGGAUCCUGUGUGAUGGCUGGAAAUAAGCUUCACCUUCCAGAACCAAAGCAUUCGGACCAAAUCUGGGUUCACUCGGAGCCCUGUGGUCCCAUCCUAAAGAGCUACCUGGGCUUCCCGAUCAAACUCAGGAUUGGAAUAAUUUCUGCCUUUGCCACCAUCACGAUAACGGCCAUUGUUCUGUGUCUGGCUCUGGGCCUGGAGGAACGCUGGAGGAAGCCUCCGGUAGAGACAACAGUCGACGACUUCAACAGAGUGAAAUACCAACCGAAACCUUCCCUCUCCUGACCUCUGACCUCUGAGGCAAACAGAAGAGUCACGGAUGCAAACAUGUUGCCUUUAAAUAGAGCUUGUGAGAACAACAUGAGAGGUCCUGUUAAGUUAUGGACUUAGUCAAGAGAA